AUGUUCAGGAAUAAUUACCAGGGCGGAGCUGUGGUGGAGAUCUUCAGCGGACAGGGAAAAGACCCCGUAGCUAAAUGGAAACUUUGCGGAGGGCCGUCAGCCAUACAUAAAGAGUAUAAUAAAGAAGUCAAAGGAUUUGUUUACUGUCUAGAGGGAAGCAGCCAGACAGUCAAGAUGCAAAUACCAGAGAAUGGAAAAAUGUCUCUUGGGCUUCUCCAAAGAUUUUUGGUGCUUCAAGUGAAUAUUCCUCAGUGCAGUGAUUUUUCUGCCGAGCUUGUGAUCACUGAUUCAGAGCACCUAAAAAGAAGGCUUCACAUGUCGACAGUGCAUAAAGAGUUAUCUGCCACCCCUUUACAUGCAAAGAUACCUUUUGUGGGAUUGAAACGGAAUGUUUGGUCUACUUUAUGCAUCGACCUCGUAUCAUUGACCGGCGAGCUGUUCAAGGAAUUUCUGAGGCUCGAUGGCAUCAGUUUGUUCGCCACCUGUAAAGUCAGGAGAAUCUUCACUAUGAAAACAGAGCCUACAGGAACAUCAGAUGAUGACAUGUUUCUCGGUGGAGCUGGUCUCAUGGACUUGAUCCCUCGCAGUUGCCAGUACCCACCAGAUGUGAAGCAAAUCACUCAGGUGUUGAACAUGGAGAGUUUGCGAAAGGCAGAUAUGAGGACUGGCCUUUUUAGCUCUGACUGCGUUCCUGAUCACUGUGCCACUGCCAGAUCAACUAGUUAUCGGAGAACCAGGCCCCAGGCUGUUUUACACACAGCCUCGGGCUCCAGAGCUUCAGGACCACCUCCCCAAACUGGAAGAAAAAGCAACGGAUCCAGCAGAAAUAACCCACAGGUUACUACGGAUACUCUGAGCAUUACCAACCUGAGUGAGAAUUUAUCGCAUGGGGAACCUUCCCACAUUCUUUCUUUUUUUUUUCUAACAUUGAAACUAUUGUAUGUUGCAGCAUCUGGCAGUUUACACCCCCACCACGACAAAAAAAGAGUGUUUGACAAGCAGGGAUCUAAGAAGCUGCGGGUCCUCAGUGCAGGAAGAGAGGAGUCAUCAGAUGAAAGAAGCUGCAGUCCUGCCAAGGAAAGUUCAAGAGUCGCUUCCACCCCAGCAGAGUCCCGACUCUGCUCGAUGCGGUCAGGUUUGUCUUCUGACCUGCAGGUCUGGAGCAGCUGGGAGAGUAAUGAGGGGUCUGAGCCCCAGCUCACUCUGCAGGAGGAGGUGUUCACUUUCUCAUCCCAUCCUCACUCACCCAAACGGGGGCAAGGCCAGGGUGACCAGGACAAGAUGGAGAUGGGAGAUGAUUUGGUUCAGAACAAAAGUGGGAGGCGGUAUGAUGCCAAGCCUGAAGAUGACUUUAUUGGCAGCGAAAGUGAUGAGGAUAAGAGCUACACCAUGUUCCAGCGUCAAAACACUAGUAUGUCCAACCCUGCUACCCCCAGAACUCCUGAACCGGCUUUGGGUGUUCAACAUGAAGGCCAUUCUGAAUCCCCUAACAUGGACCAAAUAUUCCCCGAAGAGCUUUGUCUACCUAACACCAGUAUUCAGCCUUCAUCCAGUGGCAAAGCUGAACCAGCUAUAAUGGUCCCUGCACGCUGCCUUUCACCUAACAGACACAAACACAAGAGCGGUCCGAGGGGAUCAGAGGAAGUGAACCAGUUUCUGGAUAAGAACAGCAGCGUAUCGCUUUCUAGGAGACUCCUGCAGGAAGUCAAACUGGGCGAGUCCAAACGACACAAGGUAGAAGAAGAAGAUGAGGCACUGAAGCCUGUUGAAUCCAGUCAUUAUGACUUACACCUGCUUGGCAGUCUACGGAUACGUGGGGAUGAUGAUGAGGAGCUCCGAAUGCUGGCAAGCCUAAAAAGAGAGCAGGAGGAAGAUGAAUGUAGAGCCUCGGGCCUCAGUGCAUCUCAGAUCCACCAGUGUAAUGUCAGCAUCAGCGUGAGCAGUGAUGACACCUCUACAUGGACCCGCAUCUCCAUGCCAGCUAAUCAGGGCCACCACUACCAGAAGGAAAUGACUCCCCUCCUGCAAUCAAAUCCCAGGGAGUGGAUGGACGUGCUCAGCCCUCCUAUUAUGCCUCCCAGCCAGCAGAGAAGGUCAGGCAACACAUGGAGCAAUCGGGGAAGUCUAGUCGGAGAAGGGGAUGAGUCGGUGAAUGAAGACGAGGACGAGGACGAGUAUUUGAAUCUGCUCUAUGAUCCUUGCCUCAACUGCUAUUUUGAUCCAAAGACCGGCAAAUACUAUGAACUAGCUUGA